CUUGCCUCAGCCACAACUGGGAUUUGAAGCUUAUAGCAUACAUUUUUGUUUGAGCCAUGUCAAGGGCAGAGACCAUGAUUCGCCUGGCUGGGCUAUUAAUCCUACUCUUACUUGUUUCAAAACCAGCUAUAUCUGUGCCAUUACAAAUUGUGUGCUCCAAAGUGAUUGCUUCAUUAAGUCCAUGCCUGGAUUAUGUACAGGACAAAACAGACGAACCUUCACCCGCUUGUUGUAGUGGAGUGAACGGACUUGCUGACCUUGUGAAAACCAAAGAAGAUAGGAUAGCUGUGUGCGAGUGUGUUAAGAAAGCAUUAUCAAACAUAAAAUAUGAUGCUGGUCGCAUUCCUGGACUUCCCAUGAAAUGUGGAUUUUCCUUUACCUUUCCCCCGGUCGAUCCAGGCACCAACUGCAGCAAGGUUCUUUAAGCCUCGGAUUUGCUGCAUGUUUAAGGAGUAAAUAAUGUUGCAGGAAGAGUUCUACUGAAAUAACUGCUAGUAAUACAGAAUAAGCGCACAGCAAAUGAAGCAAAUGUCAACUUCAUGCUUGUGUCCUAGAAUUUCAGCCAUGUACUGUGGCAAUCUUCUUAUAAUUGUCUGUUUCGCAGCCAAAAUUUAUUGUGGUUAUCAAAUAAAUAUAUAGUUGAUGCAUUAUUUAGCUA